AUGAAAGGAAUCGUCAUGCUGGAAUCGACGUUUGUCAAGAACACUGUACCGACCAGUAUCGCUGUCUGGAAGUUCGAGGUGAGAGGUGGUAGGCCGCGUGUUUGCUCUGCAAACGAAACUCAUGCGGUUAUGACCUCAGGCAAUCACAAAUUAUUUAAUGCAGGGAAGCCUCUUCCCAAAUUGGACAGUGUCGACGAUCUGAAGGCCGCUCUUGCUGUGGUUGGGGUACUGGCUCUGGCAUAUUCGCAAGACGACUUAUGA